AUGGACGCGUCUAUAAAACAUAGAGAUUCAAAUAAGACAUUUACAUUCGUUACACCACCAGCAGAUUCUUCUAUUGAAACACUUAAUGAAUUUUAUUGGACAAAUGAAGCUGAGCCUCAUGUACAAAGAAGAAAAUUAAUCCUUGAAAAAUAUCCAGAAGUAAGGAAAUUAACAGGAUAUGAACCAAAAACUAAAUGGUAUGUUUUGUUAGUUGUUUUAUUGCAAUUAUCAGUAUCAUAUUAUUUAAGAAAUACUCCUGUCUUGUCAUUGAAAUUUAUUGGUUUAUCUUAUAUAAUUGGAGCUACUGCAAAUCAAGCUAUAUUCCUAGCUAUUCAUGAAUUAAGUCAUAAUCUUUUAUUUAAAAAACCAUUACAUAAUAAAUUAUUUGCUAUAUUAACAAAUAUACCAAUUGGAAUUCCAUAUUCAGCUUCUUUUCAACCUUAUCAUCAAUUACAUCAUAAAUUUAUGGGAGAUGAAUAUUUAGAUACUGAUUUACCAACAAAAUUUGAAUCAAUUAUAUUAUCAAAUUUAUUAGGAAAAGUAUUUUUUGCAACUUGUCAAAUAUUUUUUUAUGCUUUAAGACCAAUGUUUAUAACUCAAAUUAAAUUUACUUAUAUUCAUUUAUUAAAUAUAAUAUUUCAAAUUUUAUUUGAUAAUAUUUGGGUUAAAUUAUUUGGUUGGAAAAGUUUAAUUUAUUUUAUUAUGAGUUCAUUCUUAGCUGGUUCAUUACAUCCAUGUGCUGGACAUUUUAUUGCAGAACAUUAUGUUUUAAAUGAAAAUAAUACACCAAGAACAGAAUUAAAAAAUGGAUCAAAUGUUAUACCAAUUCCAGCAGAAACUUAUUCGUAUUAUGGAUCAUUAAAUUAUUUGACUUGGAAUGUUGGAUACCAUAAUGAACAUCAUGAUUUUCCUUACAUUGCAUGGACAAAAUUACCAGAGUUGCGAAGAAUAGCUUCUGAAUUUUAUGAUCCUUUACCAAAAGUUAAUUCUUGGUGUGGAGUAUUAUGGUGGUUUAUAUUUAAUGACGUUAAUUUAUUAUGGAAUAGAGUUAAAAGACAAGGUAAAGAGAAACAUGGUUAUAAAAUAGAUAAAGUUGAUGAAAAUCAACAAUAA